UUCUAGUGGUGUCGGAGAAUCCCACAAGUUUCACGAUCACAGUAACAUCUGACACUGGUCAAAACGAAGAAACUGUUGAAGCAACUAUUCAAUUUACCUAUGUAGAACAUUAUCCAGAUGACCCUCCAAUUUUUGAAGUCAUUGGGCAAGAGAAUGUUCAGAAGUCUGAUGUUGCAGAUAUAAUAACAUUAUUAAAUGAGCAGAUACAAGAAAACAUUGGGAUGGUAAUGAUAUUCACUUUAGUGACGGCUGUACAGGAAAAGUUAAAUGAAAUUGUGGAUCAAAUAAAGUUCCGCAAAGAAGAGGAAAAGUUAUUAAAAGAAAAAGAAGCCGAAGAAGUUGAAAAGGCUGUUUUCCAUGGUACACCAGUUACAAUUGAGAAUUUCUUAUCAUGGAAAGCAAAAUUUGAUGCAGAGUUAGCUGAAAUCAGAAGAAAACGACAAAGAGAAGAGGAGCAGGCUGGAAAAGUUAAAUUAACAGGGAAACAACUGUUUGAAACUGACCAUAACCUUGAUACAUCUGACAUUCAGUUCUUGGAAGAAGGCAACAAUGUUGAAGUUGAUGAAUCCCUGUUCCAAGACAUGGAUGAUUUAGAAUUGGACGAUGAUGAUGAUGAUCCAGAUUAUAAUCCUGAUUUAGGAAGUGAAGAAGACUAAGUCGAUAAAAAUUAUUUUGUAAAAAGCAGCAUUCACAGUGGCAGAAUUUGUAUACAUUACUGAACGAGGAUGAAGUCACAGCAUCUGCGACUUUUUAUACUGCAAUUAGCAGACAGUGGUCAUUAAAUAUGAACUUUUUUGUGCCCUCUCAUGUAUGCUUCCAUAUGUAUUCAAUAAAUUUUUUUCUGAAGCAAAACUA